ACAGAGACAGUUCUCCUGCAGGUUAAUGAUUUGUCUCAUCGGGAUCAAAUUCAAAAUGAAUAUCCAACAUGUUCUCUUCGUCUGCUUCUUAUCAGCACUGUGUGGGGGAGACUCUGGGCUCGUCAGUGCAAGACUCAACCUUUACACAGGAGCUGUAGGAGGAAGUGGUACACUUGAGUGCACCUUGCGUCUGUCUGGAAGCAACAAGUUCUUCUGUAAGAAAGAAUGUAAAGCAGAAGAUAUUCUAAUUAAAACAGAUGGUGUCAGAGCUCACAGUGGCAGAUACAGCAUUAAAUACAGAAAUGAUUCUCCUGAAAGAGGAAUUCUGUCUGUGACCAUCACAAAUCUGACCAAGUCUGACUCAGGACGGUACAGGUGUGGUUUGGGACAAACUUUGGUUCCAGGUUCAUACAGGGACUUUGAGAUCAGAGUUUCAGAUGCACCGUUGGGGAAAAACACUGUUUUUAUCCGUACAAAUACUGAAGGAGAAAAUAUCACUUAUGGAUGCAGCGAUACUGUCUACGGAAAGAAGAAGUUCUUGUGUAAGGGCGAUUGUAAAACAGAAGAGGACAUUCUCACUGAAACAGAGGAGAACAGAGCUCAGAAUGGCAGAUACAGCAUUGAAUAUAAAGAACGAUCUGGACUGUAUAUGACCAUCACACAGGCGACCAAGUCAGACACAGGAUGGUACAAGUGUGGUUACGGCAGAGCUUUGUCUCCAGAUUCAUCUUAUAAGUUACCAAUCCUUGUCAUUGAUGCCUCCACACCAACAGCAACAACACCAACAGCAACGCCAGCAUCAGCAACCACCCAGUUGUCAGAUGUGCUGCUGUAUGUGAUUGUGACUGCUGUCAUCAUCGUCAUCAUCUUGGGUCUGGUACUGACCAUAAUCUGCAUUCAGAGGAACACCAAACUUGACUGUUGGAAGACCAGAGGGAACUCAGAUGACACAAACAUUGAGGUGACUGUCUUUAACUCUUUAUUUACUCUCACUGUUGGCACAGAUGUGCCAGUGCACAAGAUAAUCAUUAGAGAUGAUCCGAGCUGA